AUCUGGAGGAGAGCUGGGUUGAAAAAGCCUUCUGAGAGCUGGCAGCUGCCCAAGAUAUUUGUGAGAACUAAGUGACUGGAACACCUCAAAUGUGUUUUGGCAUUUAAUUGUAACUAAAAGGAGAGAGAGAGAGAGAGAGAAACACACAGAGGCUGAAGAAAUGAAGCAAGUAACAAAACUCCUUCUGUGGCAGCUGUUGCUUCUGCAAAGGUCUAUUGUUCAUUUGUAUUCAGUCCCAGCUGACAUGUUGAACCCCGAGAGCGUGGUGGUGUCGGUGUCGAAUGUCAGCGCCGUGGCUGGGUCCCAAACUGUCCUGACCUGCAAGAGUUACCGCAUGAUCUGGACCCAGGACCGUCUGAAUGACCGCCAGCGUGUGGUCCACUGGGACUUGUAUAGCAACCAGGAUGGAGAUUACAAGGCGGAGAGGCUGUGUGACAUGUACUCAGCUGGGGAGCAGCGGGUGUACAGCUCCUACAACCAAGGGAGGAUAGCCAUGCCCCAGAAUGCGUUCGCAGAUGGCAACUUCUCACUGGUGAUCAAAGAUGUUGCAGAGAGCGACCAAGGCACGUACUCCUGCAACCUCCACCAUCACUACUGCCAUCUGUACGAAACGGUGAAAAUCCAGCUGGAGGUCACCGAGAAAGCCAGGGAAGCGAAGAGGUACUGGGAUGGCGAGAAGGCUGUGAUCGUUGUCUUGAAGGACAGCACCGUGGUGCUCCCGUGCGUGAACCGGAACCAGAUCUGGACUGAGCGGCACAGCGAGGAGGAGCAGCAAGUGGUCCACUGGGACAGGCAGCCCCCGGGGGUCCCGCAUGAUCGGGCCGACCGCCUCAUAGACCUGUACGCCUCCGGCGAGCGCCGCUCCUACGGGCCUCUCUUCAUCCGGCAGAAGAUGAACAUCACUGAGACGGCCUUCGCCCUGGGCGACUUCUCGCUGCGGAUUUCGGGCCUGGAGAACGCAGAUGAGGGCACGUACUCCUGCCACCUCCACCAUCACUACUGCGGCCUCCACGAGCGCAGGAUCUUCCGGGUCUCCGUGAUGGAGCCAGUGAGAGAGAAGAAGGUGGUGAACCUCACUAACCCCAACAGCGUGCCAGCUGUAGAUCCAAACCUAGGCAGGGGCCAUAACGUGAUCAACGUCAUCAUCCCCGAGAGCCGGGUGCACUUCUUCCAGCAGCUGGGCUAUAUCCUGGCAACCCUGCUCCUCUUCCUCAUCCUCCUCAUCAUUGUGGUGCUUGUUACCCGCAAACGCCGGAGGAGAGGCUACGAAUACAACGUGAAGAAAUACGAAGAGAAGGACGUGAAUCUCAAAGAGUUUUCAACUGACACAACUGACCUGACUCAGUACAAAAGUGAAGACAUAAGGCUGGAUUUCAAAAACAAUAUCCUGAAGAUGCGGGCUGAGCAGGCCAAGAGCUUCCCAGCAAAGAUCAUCGAUUUAGACAAAGAUUUCAGGAAGGAAUACUGUAAAUGAAGACAUUCUGAAGCUGCUGGCUGGACCAGAAGCUGCAAUUAAAAAUAGACGAGAUGCAUUCCUUAUUACAACAUCCUUUCAGUUACCAUAGAGCUUUCAUUUAGACUUUCUUCCUGGUGGGCACCAAGGUGUGUGCAACUGCAUACAGAAAGGUUUAGCUUGGCUGUGUGAUCUUGAGAUUUUUUUGGUGGCUUCUUUUCCCCCUUUCCUGUUUAUUUUUCCUUCCCUUUUCCUGAUUUUUUGGUUCUUUUGCAUCAAUGUUUUUUUUCAGCUGAAUCAGCAGACGUUUCGCUUUAACUUAACAGCACGAAAUAAACCCAAGCUGCACCAUGACCCUGAGCCAUCCAUAUGUCAGGUACUUUUCCCUGCAAUGUGUUUAACAGAGAAUAAAACAGGGUCUGAUUCUGAUCUCCCGUAUGCUGGCAUAAAUCAGGAGGAACAAUCAUGACACUUAGCACUUUCCAUAGUCAAGAUGUGGUAUCAAUGUUAGCUAAUCCAUCCUCAUGCCCUGCCAGGAGGGCGAAUAAAUAUUACCAUCCUCCUCCAGAUGUGGAAACUGAGGCAUACAAGUGCAGUAACUUGCCUGUGAUUUUACAGAGGAUAAUGGCAGCACUGGGAUUAGAUUCCAGAUGCUGUGGAUACCUAGCUCUGUCUUAUUCCUCUCAGCCACCUGGCCUGAUCUUACUAUUAUUUUUUUUUUUUAAAUUAUAGACCAAAUCCAACCUUGGCUUGAGCAGGUACAGCUUCAUUUGAAGUCAAUGCAUUGUGCUGUUGGAAAACCAGUGUAAGUUAGAUCAGAACCAGAAAUCUUACCAUGAACAAGGCAAAAUUCUUGGAUCCGUCGGGUGGUUCUCUGCUGCAUAUCCUGCAUUUGCCAGGUGGGUCCUACCCACGCAAUGAGCUGCAGCCCUAACUCCACCCUGUAGCUGCAGGAUGGAUCAGGGAGGAGAAUUUUUCACUAUGGACCAAACCCAGCCCCAGCCAUGACUCCCACUGACGUAAAGAGAGGUUUCAGAGUAGCAGCCGUGUUAGUCUCACUUCACUGGAUGCUGUGGCUCACAAAAGCUUAUGCUCUAA